AUGGGUUACGACAAGUCUCCCCCAGGCGAGCGAGGAGCCUCACAAAGCGAUGGCGACGGUGAUUACGAACGCGACAGGCGGAGCCGAACUAGCCACCACGGCGAUUCCCACCGACGCGAAAAACGAAGAAGGGAUAGGUCUCGUGAUAAAUCCAGAAGUACAAGACGCCACCGACGUUCCAGGUCUCCCGAUGAUGCGCCUCGCCGUAGAUCGACCUCUCCGGACCGUGACCGCGGUAGAGAAGGCGAACGUAGGCGACGAAGGUCACGCGAUUACGAUAGGCAUAAUGAAGGUUCACACCGCACUCGGGCGCGGGACAAUGACUACAAUCACCGAGACAGAGGUGCCAAGCAAAUAGUGAAGCAAAGCGGUCCAUUACCUUCCCAGGCUGAUUCUUUCGCUGUUACGCAAGGCGAGGAGCCACCAAAACCGAAGGAGAAGCCCAACUUUGGGAACACAGGCGCAUUGGCUGCUGCUUCAAACUCUAUCACUCAAUCUGACGGCUCCAAGAUAGUGCUCAAGUACCAUGAACCGCCCGAAGCCCGCAAGGCCUCUCCGAAGGACCAAUGGAAAUUAUUUAUCUUCAAGGGUGAAGAUAUCGUCGAUACAGUCCCUCUCGGAAAUCGUAGCUGCUGGUUAGUUGGUAGGGAGUUAACGGUUGUUGAUCUACCUGCUGAGCACCCGAGCAUCAGCAAACAGCAUGCUGUCAUACAGUUCCGCUACAUUGAAAAGCGCAACGAAUACGGCGACAAGAUUGGCAAGGUAAAGCCUUACUUAAUCGACCUGCAGAGCGCCAACGGAACUAUGCUCAACGGAAAGAAGGUGCCCGAAAGCAGAUAUCUCGAACUCAGAGAGAAAGAUAUGAUCCAGUUCGGUCAGAGCACACGGGAAUAUGUUCUAAUGCUUGCUCCAAAGGACUAA